UGGUGCAAGUUUAGCAGCAGUAAUAUUUUUUUGUUUUGAUCCGUAUCCCAUUGAUUCCGAAUAAGUUUUUUCUGGCCGCCAACGAAAGUGAAAACUUGUAAAAAUUGCGUCAAAACAUGAAAUAGCGCUUACCUGUUUGAGCCGCAGCAACAGCAAGCCGAAAAUGUCUCGCACCAAAUCAAGACUGCAGACAGAAAUCUGCGGCGAUUGCGGCAGCUCAGAUCCAUCGUGGGCAUCAAUAAACCGUGGAAUAUUGCUGUGUGCCGAUUGUUGUUCUAUUCAUCGCAGCCUCGGUAGGCACAUUUCGCAAGUGAAAUCUCUCCGUCAGGGAACCUGGGCUCCAUCGGUGCUGGCCUUCGUAAACCAACUCAACAGUCACGGGGCCAAUAGUGUGUGGGAACAUUUGCUGCUCGACUCGGUGGCUCCGAAGAACUUGAAACGAAAACCAUCACCGAAAGACCCACUUCAUCCGACCAAGGCUGAAUUCAUUCGAGCGAAGCAUGUUAAUCUUUCUUACGUUCUCAAACCAAGCUUGGAAGAUGGGGUCACCGGACAAGGAGGCCUGGAGGCAGAACUAAGUAAGCAACUGCAUGCCAGUGUCCGUUCUGGUAAUUUGGAAACGAGCCUGCGUUUUCUGGUACAGGGAGCUGAUCCGAAUUUUUUCCACGAGGAAAAAGGAUCCACUCCGUUGCAUGUGGCAGCUCGAUCCGGUCAGCUGUCCCAGAUGGAGCUUUUAUUGGUGUAUGGGGCAGACGUUAAUGCGUUGGAUUCCCACGGAAACACGCCAUUAGAUGUGGCUAAGUCGUGCAAACAGACAGCUAUCGCCGAACGGCUUACGGAGGCUAUGUACGAGGUAACCGAUCGUUUGAGUUACUUUCUCAUCGGGAAAAAACCAGAUCAUUUGGCUGGUCAGCACCUGCUCAUACCAGACCAAUCGAAGAAAGAAAUAAGCGAUCAGUUGAAAAUCGCUCGCGGCAAGUUGCAAUUGGUGCCGAACCGAAUGUUCGAGGAGUUGGUGAUGGAUUUAUAUGACGAAGUUGAUCGUCGUGAGACGGAAGCGAUUUGGUCGACCACUUCGUUGAAUCCGGAAAUUGGAGCGGUUCCUUUUUUGCCAACCAAUCCACAUUUGAGUGCUACGAGAAAUCAGGGUCGUCAAAAGUUAGCCCGCUUUAGUCAGCAGGAAUUUUCCGGACUGAUCAGCGACGUACUAAUCGAUGCCCGCCGUCGGCAGAAUAUGGCUAACUUGCGUCCAAUCGACGCACCGCUGCCGACCAAUCUAAACCAACUGCGUACGGCUGCUGCUCGGGAGAGUAAUCUGUCCGACGAUGAGCCACUGUACGACGCGGUAGCUUCGGAUGAUGAUUACGCUGCGCUGGCGCCAGUCGCGCAACAGGCUUUGGUGAACAAAUCACCGCCCAGUAUCGUCUCGAAUGCAGAAGUCGAAACGCUUCGCCAGAAGUUACAGGAUCAGGAAUCAACCAUCAACGAACUAAGAGUACUGGUACACAAGCUUACCAGCGAAAACUGCCAGCUGAAAUCGCGAAAUGUAAGCCCUAAGGAGCCGGAAGUACUGCUCCGAAUCGAUAGUCACCCAAACGGUUCAUCCCCUGCUACUCCAGAAACGGAGGAAGUCGAACCGGUUUCCGAUGGUCGCCAAUACUACAAACGUCCGGCCAGUAUGUACGAAGCACGACAGGUCGUGCGUGAUGAAAACCGACCACCCAUCACGCAAAGUCUUUACUCAAUGGCCCCUCUAUCGGGUCACAAUCCAGGCGGUGGCGGCGUGGCAAGUAUGAACAACAGUACCGGUUCCGAUUUGAACAACUCUUCCGCGAGUAGAAGUGGCAGCCAACCGCAGUUUCCGUCGUUCGAUGAAGUCAAGAAGCGAACCGACCUGGUGGCCAGACGAAUCAAGGAGCUUUUCGCCGCUAUGCAGGAACUAUCCAAGACAGACGCUUUUAUACCGUGUGCCGAACGGAUACGGGUUGCGGUUGCCGAACUGAUUGCCAUCUUUCCGGCAACGAUGCGCGAGGAAACGCUUCGCAAUGCCUUAAAGCAACUCAACUAUAACACCAACCUGAUUCAGACGGAAUGCACUCGUCUGCAGCGCGCCUUCGUCGAAGAAGGCCAGCAACCGGUUCUCUCUGACAGCAUAAAGGUCAAUAUGGAACAGGUUCGAGGAUGUGCGUACGACUUAGCCAUGUCGACGAAAAUUUUAAUAACGCAUUUCCAACAGUCUUGAGAGUACUAUUUGCAAUAAUUUUCAUGCUCGGACCUUACAGUAAUUACAUCCUCAAACGCUACUACAAUAGAAGUAUUUUUCCCUCGUUUGAAAACAAAACGAAAGAUUGCCGAAUGUGCCAAAUUAUGUUUUUUAGAGAAGUAUUUUGACAACAUUUUAUCGAACGUAUUUAAUUUUGUCACCAGUAUAUUAAUAUUUUUAAAUGAGAUCCAGUAAUACACAUUAGAAGGAAUAAUUUAUUUUUCAACUUCUGCGAGAUGUUUAGAUAGCAUUAAUAACUAACGACAAUCGUUUCCUGGUGUUUCCACAUUGUUCAUUGUCUAACUAGUGACAUUGUAGCAGUACAUACAAUCAAAUUAGUGCGACCAAUCCGUAAUAAAAACUAACUUUUUAAU